AUGGCCUCGCCUGUGAACCCUGGUGUCGGUGCGAUCGAAGAUCCCAACGCGCUCCCCGCAGUUGAGUCUACGCCCAAGAAGAAGGGGCGGACGAAUACGCCGUGGACCGCCGAGGAGGAGCAACGACUCAAGACAAUGCGCGACGCCGGCCGCAGCUGGAGUGAAAUCGCCAAGACUUUCCCUACUCGAACUGAGGGCAGUGUCAAGAAACACUGGUACAAGGACAUGCACUACGCGGAGUUCGCCGAAGACGAGUCCGUGAAGCUUCGAGAGGCAAUCAAAGAGUACGAGGCGAACAAAUGGAAGGUGAUCGGGCAGAAAGUCGGCAAGCCAGCCAAAGCCUGUGAGCAAUAUGCCAAAGAGCAUUUCAAGAAUGUCUGA